AUGAAGCUCGUGCUUGUAUCCCUACUCUUGAUCGCACUCGCCGAGACGACGUUCGCGGCCAAAGGGUGCACCAAGGCGCAGGCCUCUGCCGUGAAAAACAUGCGUUUCCGCAUCUCUUAUACACCCUCGACGAUGGACACUGUCGUUGUCUCUGCAUGGGGAGGUGGCGGUGGUCCUCGACACAAGAUUCCUUCGCAACCAUUAUCCAACCCAUUUGGUGGACGUGAGUACGGCGGAGGGGAUCGACGAACGAUCUAUGGAACGCGCGCAUAUGGGAGCGGAUACCCAUAUGGUGCGGAUAAUGCAAACUCGGUGGCGGGGAGACCGUUUCCGUACGGCGUGUGGCCCAUUUCGUGGGGAGCAAGUUAUCUCGGUGGCGGGGAGUACUUUUCCACUACCAAUGUCAAUAAUCAGCAACUCGACUUGGACUUUAUUCGCCCUGGUGGUCCGGUCGGAGUAGUCAAACUCGCUCCAGAUACCAGUCGUUGGAACGGGAUUAAUGGAGACGAAGUAUAUGAAAUGAUUGGAGACAGAGAGUCUCUUCUGUUCAUGAUGGCAGACCUCGUUGAUUGGUGCCACGUUCAACCUCAGUUCAUUCGCCGUUUCGACCCUUCGCCUCCCUCCAAUGCUUCGUCAAGUAGCCAGCCGCGACCAGAAAACGUCAUACAGUACUACCGUGCCAGCUCAUUUGCCAUCUCUUACGCUGGCUAUAACAAUUCCUUUGCCCUCGGCUCUUCAAACCCUACGACUUCUCAAUCAUUUGCAGACUCGUCCCCCCUUCCCUCGUCCAUCGCCAACUCUCAGUUCCUGAGAUGUAUCAACAGCACAAUCGCCAUCGCACUUCCAAUCGCCGACGCCAAAGACGCCAAAGAAAAAGGGUUGAGUACGGGUGCGAUUAUUGGGAUCAUCUUUGGCAGUAUUGCGGGGGUUAUCGUGAUUUACCUGUUUGUCAUGUGGGUAUGGAAAUGGAUAGACGAGUGCAGAACUGGCGGAAGGGAGGAGAUUUCGAUGGAAGAGCAAGACCAGGAGCCGACUACUCAAGGAGGAGAUAGUAAUGAUGAUGCAAAGACGAACACAAAGGACGGCAAGACGGACGGUGCGCCACCAAAGGACGAAAACACGAUUUACCUCUAG